CUCUUCGACGACGACACGACACGGUUGACAAAUCAUUCCAUCAAAUUAGAGAAAGAUUUUUCACUCUGUUCUUCGUCCGGCGUAAAUAGUGUGUUAUUUUUAGUGUUUUCACAGGUUUUUAGUUUUGUAAUGAUGCAAUUUAUGCUGCUGUUUAGCCGGCAGGGCAAGCUCCGCCUGCAGAAGUGGUACGUGGCCCAUCCGGACAAGGUGAAGAAAAAGAUCACGCGCGAGCUCAUCACGACGAUCCUGUCUCGGAAGCCGAAGAUGUGCAGCUUUCUCGAGUGGAAGGACUGCAAGAUUGUGUACAAAAGAUAUGCCAGUUUAUACUUUUGUUGUGCAAUCGAACAAAACGAUAACGAGCUGCUCACGCUGGAAAUCAUCCACAGAUACGUAGAACUGCUGGACAAAUACUUUGGAAGUGUUUGCGAGCUGGACAUCAUCUUCAACUUCGAAAAGGCUUACUUCAUCCUGGACGAGCUGCUCGUCGGCGGCGAGAUCCAGGAAACGUCCAAAAAGAACGUUCUCAAAGCGAUCGCGGCCCAGGACGUCCUGCAAGAGAGGGAGCUGGAUUCUUAAAUAGCAAUUUAUGUAAAAAAAACAACAAAUAGUUCGUUAAAUAGUUACAUCGUGCUGUAAAUAAGCCUGGGAUUUCUCGUUUCAUCGCGCGGGUUUUAGUGACCACCUUUCCGAUAGCAGAUAAGUUCAACCGUUCAUCACAGCUUUUGUCGCAAAGUCCAUCGCGCUGGGAACACUGCGCUAGAAAAAAAAGGUAAUCGGUGCUGCUGGGUGGAUUAAUCGGUACUCAUUUUUGUUUAUCUUUUUUUUUUCAUUUCUUUUCUUUCGCGCUGCUGAGAUUUGUUUCUCUCUCAUUUCUAUUGCAAAUUUGGCCCCAUGUUUGAACUUUUGUAUUGCAGGUAUUAGAUGAGGAUGAUUAUUUUUGGAUUUACUAACACGCGUGAAAAGGAAAGGAAUAAUUGGAAACGCGGUGCGAAAAUUGCGAAUGAAAAGCGUGGAAUGUUGCGCAACGUAGUAAUGAUGAUGCAUUUAGGAAAGUCUUGCCGAUUUUAGGUCGUAAGGUUUGCUUUAGGGUUAAGAAUACUUUCCAUAAUAUUAAUAGAAAACAUAUUUUAAAAAUAUAGAUAUUUGAAUUUAAUUACAACAUUUUACUAGAGAUAAUCAAAAGAUAAACUUCAUCAAUUUGGAUAGCAUUUUAAGCCUAAGAUUGACAAGCUCGGUUAUGACAUCUAUAAAAACUACAUACACACUAAAAACAAAACACUGUUACACGUCCUACAAUAUACAGUAUACACAUUGAAAAAAAUUUACUUCUGUUCAAAAGAGACAAAAACCAAUAAAAUUACUCCAAAGAAACCACAUC